AUGCCCCCAUCACGCCCCAUAACCCUCAUCGUCGCAACGACCCCCAUCCCCACCGAAGGCAGCUCAAUCCGCCUCGGCAUCGGCCACUCCGGGACUCUCCCCUGGCCACGAAUCAAAACCGACAUGUCGUUCUUCGCGCGCGUCACCUCCCGGCCACCUACCCCGGGCACCACCAACGCCAUCAUAAUGGGUCGGAAGACGUACGACUCUGUGCCUGCGCAUCUCCGCCCGCUGGCCAAGCGCAUCAGCACUAUUAUAACACGGGAUGUGGAUUCUCUAACUGAGAGGGUGGGGAGGGAGGUUGAGGUUAGGCGGGAGAAGAUUGCUGCGUCUGCUGCUGCAUCUGCAUCUGCUGGUGGUAAUGGGGGGAAUGCUGAGCAACCCGCAACGGAUGCGAUUGUGUGCGGGGGACUAAAUGAUGCGCUGCAGCAGCUGGAGACGAGGUAUGGAGAGGAAGGGAAGCUGGGGAAGGUGUUUGUGAUUGGGGGGGCGGAGAUAUAUGGGGCUGUUUUGGCUGCGGGAAAGGAUGUUUGGGGAGGGCCAGUGAGGAUUGUGAUGACGAAUGUGGAGAAGAAGGGGUAUGCGGAGGGGAAUAAGGGGGAGGUGUUUGAGUGUGAUACGUUUUUCCCCGUGGAUGAGGAGUUGUUUGGGGAGAAGGAGGGGUGGAGGAAGGUUAGUGCGGAGGAGGUUACGGAGUGGGUUGGGGAGGUGGUUACUGGGGAGUGGAUUGAGGAGGGGGAUGUUAGGGUGCAGAUGAGGCUAUGUGCGCGGGCGUACGCCGGUGUCUAUCACAGUACAGUUGAUAUGGUUAUGGCAAGGUAG